UCAGCUAAUUGCACUUAAACGAAAACUUUUUCCGAGGAGGAGGAUCCAAAAGGAAGUCGGUCAUGAACGAAUCAAGGUUUAGAAGAUCUUUGCUUGGAAAUCAGUCUACCUCAAGAUUAGAGAAAAAGCCUCUGAUUAUGGCACCAUCUGGAAGAAAGCAUGCAGGGAAAGCUGGUAAACCAAUACAGGAAGAUCAAGCCUUAUGUGCCUAUAACUUUCAGGAAGAGGAAAAGAAAAACUUGAGUGGAUCAGAAGAAGAUAUUAGGGAAGGUGACACUCCAGUAAUUGAUAAACAUGGGAAAAAAAGACCUUCAGUGAUUCCUCAUGCGGUAGUUGAAGAAGAUGUGGGGGGUGAAGUACAGACUAUGUUGGAACGAUUUGGAGCUGACAUUAACAAGGCUCUCUUGGCUAAGAGGAAAAGAUUAGAAAUGUAUACUAAGGCUUCUCUUAAAACCAGUAACCAGAAAAUUGAACAUGUUUGGAAAACACAGCAAGAACAGAGGCAGAAGCUCAACCAGGAGUAUUCCCAGCAGUUCCUGACUUUAUUUCAACAAUGGGAUAUGGACGUGCAGAAAGCAGAGGAACAGGAAGAAAAACUAGCGAAUAUGUUUCGCCAGCAACAGAAGGUUUUUCAACAAGCAAGAAUAGUUCAGAGUCAGAGACUGAAAACAAUUAAACAACUGUAUGAGCAGUUCUUAAAGAGUAUGGAAGAACUGGAGAAAAAUCAUGAAAACCUUCUAGCAGGUGCACAAAAUGAACUUCGCAAGGAAAUGGCUAUGUUGCAAAAGAAAAUCAUGAUGGACACUCAACAGCAAGAGAUGGCAACUGUUCGCAAGUCUCUUCAGUCCAUGUUAUUCUGAUGGCUCAGUGAAGAAACAACUUGCACCUAAGUAACAUGAUACAAUUAUAGCCAUUAGCCAUGGAAAAAUAAGUCUGUUCCUUUAAAAUUCCAAUUUAAGAGUUCCUAUUAAUCAAACUGUUACAUGUAUUGUUUCAAUAAUGUUACUAGUGAACUUGCUAGUCAUAUUUUUCAUGUUUUUAAUGGAAGAGAUUGCAAACUGGAUUCUUUCCUCAGAAACUAUUAAUAUGUCUGCCCAAAUCCUCCUUAACCUUGUUGCAGUGAGAGUUGCUUUUCUAACACUAAGGCAGUAUUAUAAAAUGCAAGACUAUAGCAGUAUGGAGGUUAAUAGAUGUUUACCUCUUGGAACAGGUGAAUGUGUACCAUAGGUAGCAUUAAUGCAAAAUGGAUCACAAAAUUCCACCAAUAAUGACAUCACAGGAUUAAAAGGACACAUUAAAAACUUGAUGCUGUUAUGCAAAAAUGUACCUUUGCAACUUUAUAAUUUGUGAACUAAAGAAACCACCAAAAUAAUCCUAGGUUCUGUGUGUACAUCUUGCAUAUUUAGCAGGAUAACAUACUGGAAAGUUUAGAAAUUAAAAGUAUGCUACACAUGAAUUAUAUUUCUUUGAUACUUUAGGUUAUUAGACUACAUCUUGAGGGUUUUUUUUAAAGUAUCAUUAGUAGCCUUAUUAUAAGCUGUACGUUGUACUUUACUGCACUAGCAAGGACAUACGUUUGCCAAGAAGGCAAGACUCGUUAGUCAUGUUAAACUAGCUGUUUUGGCUUUACAGCAUAGCGCACAUAAUUGGUUUAAAAUGAGCCAAAAUAAACAACAAUUUACAACACAGUCUGCAGUGAUUAUUGAUAACACUACACAUCUAUAUACUAUCAGUUCCUGUGGACCAUUUUGGAAGAGAUACUAAAGUAGAUGCCCAUCUCCAGAGCUGUAGUUGGAAGGGUAGUUCUUGCUGCUUUUUGAAAAAAUUAGCAGUUUAGUGAAGAUUAAGUUUUUAAAGUAAAUUCUUUAUAUUUUGUAUAUCACAGUACAGUGAAUUCUGAUUUACUUUUUACAGCCAGGUUGGAGUUUUCAUGCAUUUGUUUUACAGAAAACCACUGUAUACACAUUCAUUUCUUACAAUUUAGGAAAUCCCUGAAAUAUUUUCAACAUUUUGAUUUAAUACAAAAAAUAACAUUUGGUCAUUAGCUGCUUGACAUCACUAACAAAUAUAACUUGGAGAAACUAACACGAGUUGUAAUGACAGUUUUAGCUUUGAUUCUAUAAAAGAAUGUAUAGUAAUAUGCCCAUAAGGAGUGAUUUUUUUUCCAGUCUUUUCUAGAAUUGCCCUAAAAAUGCACUUUCCCAAAGGGUUCCAAAAUCAGACCUUAGAGAUUCUGUAUAAAAUAUUUGUCCAUUACUUAAUAUUUACAUUUUGGAAUUGGGUUCCCUGAGUUUUCUGACUGCUUCCUGGAUUCUGGAGCCUGUGUCAUAUUUUAGGGAGUUACUGUUGCACUAUUUUCUGGAUAGGGAAGUCUAGGCCAGCUGUUCAUAUUAGCAGGGCAGUUUUUCAGUCCCUGUUUAAAACUGGGAUAGAGGAGGGGAACAGUUUUCUAGAGAGGGGAUUUGUAAUGGCCUAUGCAGUGGAAACAACUAAGCUACUUAUCUGAGAUUGGAAUUUUGAGUUAGUAACCACCAUUGCCGCCACACUUUUCCAAAACAGUUAUUAGGACUCAGAGCAAUAAACACUCAUUCAGAGCUAAUUCACACAUGUUGGGAAGACAUGUUAAAGUGUGAGACUCUUUGGUGUCUACCAAGUCAUGGAACUCCACUUAUAUUAUCUCUAAGUUGUCAUUUAAGUAUAAUCAGAUAGUGCUGCAAGAUUUACUCGUUUCUGCUAUGAUAUAGUCAAACAAAUGUUUUUCAGUCCAAUAGAAAGUAUUGCCUACAACAUAAUUUUAUUACUGCACAAUGUUAAUACCCACAGGCACAACUAUACCCUACACUGCAAAUUGUUUUGAGAGCACAACACAAGCUUCUGAGGCCUACUGCUUAGUGAAAAUAAGGCUGAGCUUGUUAUGGAAGAGAAACUGCUGAGUCACUGAAAAUUCUUUCAUGAAGCAGUUCUCGUUUACAGUAUUUACAGAGCAACUGAUGCAUCUCAUUUAGAACUGUUAAAGUUGUCAUUACUGCUUAUCUUAUGAAUAACAUGCAUGAGAGUGAUUGUUAAAAGUUCAUCUGUGCAGAAUGCUUUUCUCCCAGUUUCUUGAGCAGGGUAAGGAGGAUGAACCCUUAAGCCUUGUCUACAUGGUCAGUGCAAGUAGUGAGUUACAGGUCCAAUUUUACAGCAGUAGUAUAGCCUCAGCAAUCAAUGAUCCUGUUUUCCAGUAGGAUUCUCUAAUAAUAAAUGGGGUGGAGAACCUCAUGCCCAGAAAGUAUAAUCUUUAUUCAGAAUGCUUGCUAAACAGAAUGUUUUUCAAGUUUAUUAGAAGCAGUAAGAAACACCACCAGAGGAGUGCAGGUAUAUCACAGGUGCAUGAAGGCUGAGAGCUUUCAACCACUUGAAAUCUAACAGGUUAUAUCAUAUUAUUACAAUAAUAAUGUUGGUGGGUUUCUUCACAAAAGUGAAAACGUGUUUAGUAUAUUCCAAGCUUUGGGAAUGUUGCGAACUGCAUUCU